UCUUCUUCUUCUUCCAAAACCCAAUUCCUCUCUGGGGAUAGAUAACGAUGACGUCCCUAACCUCAUCUCUGCAAGCUCUGAAGCUUUCGUCUCCCUUCGCCCAUGGCUCCACUCCUCUCUCUUCCCUAUCUAAGCCCAAUUCGUUCCCGAACCCUAGAAUGCCGGCUUUAGUUCCGGUCAUCAGAGCGAUGAAAACGAUGCAGGGGCGCGUGGUGUGCGCAACCAACGACAAGACUGUGGCGGUGGAGGUGGUGAGGCUGGCUCCCCACCCAAAGUACAAGAGGCGAGUGAGGAUGAAGAAGAAGUNAAAACCCCCCAAAUUAGGCUUUACAAUUAGGCCCAUUUUACUGUAA